ACAAUUGUCUUCUCAGAUCACUCCCACAAUGUCGGCAUAUCUUCUGAGGCACAUAUCUCGCAAUCCCAGGGUCUUAUCCCGGAUACCUCAACGAUGGAGUAGUUCUAUCUCCCAGCGGCCAGGCUCGGACAGGGCAAUCGGCGCUGAUGGAGAAGAUACGUCUAGUGUCCGAUUUCCUGGCGCCGUGAACAGUAAAUUCACCACCGACAUGGCGUUCAUCAAUCCCUCCACAACGACAAAUAUCCCUACAUACCGUGUCAUGGAUUCUGACGGUGUAUUGCUGGACAAGAACCGGAAGCCCUCCGGAGUAUCAAACGAAGAGAUAUUAACGUGGUACAAGAAUAUGUUGACUGUGAGUGUGAUGGACGUGAUUAUGUUCGAGGCCCAAAGACAGGGCCGUCUGAGCUUCUACAUGGUGUCUGCCGGAGAAGAAGGUAUCAGUGUCGGAUCGGCCGCCGCAUUAACACCCGACGACGUGGUAUUCGCGCAGUAUCGCGAAACAGGCGUCUUCCAGCAACGGGGUUUCACUUUGAAGGAUUUCAUGAGCCAGCUCUUUGCAAACUGCCAUGACAACGGCAGGGGACGUAACAUGCCGGUGCAUUAUGGCUCCAACUACCCUCGCAUGCACACCAUCUCUUCACCCCUUGCAACCCAGAUCCCCCAGGCAUCUGGCGCAGCUUACGCCCUCAAACUAGAAUCUCUCCAGAACCCCGACACCCCACCACGCAUCGUGACUUGCUACUUCGGCGAAGGCGCCGCCAGUGAAGGUGACUUCCACGCCGGCCUCAACAUCGCCGCAACACGGUCAUGUCCCGUGGUCUUCAUCUGCCGCAAUAACGGAUAUGCCAUCUCUACACCCACACUGGAACAAUAUCGGGGUGACGGCAUCGCCAGCCGUGGAAUAGGAUACGGCAUUGACACGAUCCGUGUCGACGGAAAUGAUAUCUUCGCCGUUUAUGAAGCCAUGCGCGAAGCACGACGCAUUGCGCUCUCCGAUGGCGGCAAGCCCGUGCUUAUUGAAGCAAUGAGCUACCGUGUCUCGCACCAUAGUACUAGUGAUGAUAGCUUCGCGUACCGUGCCCGGGUAGAGGUGGAAGACUGGAAACGGCGCGAUAACCCCAUUAUCCGGCUGCGGAAGUGGCUCGAGAACGAAGGGUUGUGGGACGAAGAUACGGAGCGUACUACGCGCGAGCAGCUUCGGAAGGAGGUGCUGAAGGAGUUUGGAGAAGCGGAGCGUGAGCAGAAGCCGCCUCUUCGGGAGCCUUUGAGGGCGUGUAUGAGGAAUUGA